GGAACAGGUACUGCAACUCUCUCAUCAAAUACACUGGUCUGAGGGAGUUUACUAUAAAACAAGUGUACACUCGUUUUUGUGUACAUUACACUGCGUCUGCGUCUGCUCACAUCCUGGACGCUGAGACACAGUGAGCUUUACUCAGCCACAUCAGCACGAAGAUAAAGCUUAGAAAAAGGGUGUGUGUUCUCAUCACAGUGUGUAUAUAAGGAGUUGUGUGAGGAAAUACCUGGGCUGUUCCAGUGGGCAAACAUACACACACACACACACACACACACACACACACACACACAGACACACGUAUACACACACUGCAGUCAAGGACCUUCUGCUACCAUGACAUUUAACGGACCCUGGAAAGUGGACCGCAGUGAGAACUAUGACAAGUUCAUGGAGCAGAUGGGAAUUGGCUUGGUGAAGAGGAAACUUGCAGCCCAUGAUAACCUAAAGAUCACGCUAGAACAGAAUGGAGAUAAGUUCCAUGUGAAGGAGGUCAGCACCUUCCGUACACUGGAGCUCGACUUCACGCUCGGGGUCACGUUUGAGUACUCGCUCGCCGACGGAACUGAACUUUCUGGCUCCUGGGCGAUGGAAGGAGAUCUUUUAAAGGGUUCCUUUGUCCGGAAAGACAACGGGAAAACACUGACCACUGUCAGGCAGAUUGUGGAUGAAGAACUUGUACAGAGCUACAGCUACGACGGUGUGGAGGCUAAGAGAAUUUUUAAGCGAGCUUAAACACCACAUGUUCACCAUGUCCUCUCAGCCAGAACCUGUUCACCUGCUCACGCCAUUAUCAUCCUGCAUUAUGACUCUUCUCUUCAUCCAGCACCAUGUUCUCUAUUACACACUGGUUUUUUUAUGUCCAAGGAAAUAAAGUCACUUUUCAGAUGGUU